AUGAUACUAAUAUCGGAAGGAAUUAGUGAUAAUGACAGUAAUGACAACAAAAUUGAUGAUAGUGUUGAAGAUGGUGUAAUUAUGAUAAUAGUGAUGAAACUAAUUGGUGAUAAAGUUAACGAUGAAACUGAGAGUGCUGAUAAUGAUGGUGAUAACGAUGUGAACGUUUCCAGUGCAGAACCUUGGUUAAUAAUAGGCGCACGAUUUCGUAAUAGUGAAUUAUGA